UCACACGUGGAGAUCAGAUGGAGACUGUUGUUGUGAAUGCCGCCAACGUGGACCUCAAGAAGAACCUUGUGAACGGCGAGCGGCAAUUGAGGAGGCUGCGGGAGCUCAUCCUUAGGCUGGAGCUCCACAAUAAGCGACGGUCUCCCACUCGGGCCCGGGGUCACAGCCCUUGCACGCCAUCUUCAUGUCAGCCGGGCUCGCCAGGACCACCUGAACACCGUGUCGAAUAUUUGCAACAGCAGGGCCAAUACGAACCGUUAGUUCUGGACGACGUAGAACUUUUGGACUUGGAACUGAUUGGAUUUUCUGAUCAUGAAACUUGGUUGUAUGUGCCACCCAAAACCAAUAAGAAGAACUGUGAGAACUAUUUAACACCUUUGCAGUGGUGCCGGCACAUUCUGGAAGCUCCUGAAAUGAAGCUAGCAAGGCAUGACACGCGCCUCCAACUGCAGAUAGCGUCAUGCUGGCGUAAAUUACUUUACAGCCCACGGCCCACCUCCACCCCACCCGCUGUAAGCAGAGUUGCUGUCGUGUCCCCCAUCGGCACAUCCAGAACAACUUGCUCCAGUCCCCGGACGCCUGAGAUGCACGCGUCAUCUCGCCCUCAUUCUCAGAACCCCAGUGGGAGGGUAAGGACUCCCACAUUCAUCCCCCACCCGACCCGUGGAAGCAGCCAGCAGUGCCGUAGCCUUCUGCCACAAGUUGACCGUGACGUCAUCUUUCCUGGGGUGGACGAGGAUGACUUGGUCCCUCAUGGCUACAAACUGCAGGAUCUGACAGAUGUGCAAGUGAUUGCGCGGCUGCAGGAAGAGAAACUCAGGCGGGAUUAUGCCAGCGCUUCAACCUCCCAGGCCAAUCGGCACAGCCAGAGCGACACCCUCACACUCAGCGCCCGCCCCGGCCCAGAGGAGGAAGACGAGGCGGCCGGCGAAGACUGCGGCCCGCCGAAGCGCCGCCUCUGCCCAAUGCUGCACCCCCACACCUCCAGCGCCCAAGACUGGCAAAGCAGCAGCUUCCUGUCCAUACAUCCCUCCGUCCCACCUCACCCCUUCGCAGGCCGAUUGCAAGCGCCUUUCAGACCAGGAGCAGAAAAGACGCGGCACAGCUUGCCCAACCUUUCCCGAGCGCACAGUGUUCCCAUCGCGUAUUUACUUCAUACUAGCCAGAGCUUUGAUUCUCCAAGCUGCUCGACUUUCCUGCAACCCUCCAUCCAGAGCAUGAGGAGCAUAUCUUCACCUUCACAGCAACCACGAAAAGCCACCGCCUAUCUCAGCCCGAGCAUCAAAGAUGCGCUGACUUCCCGGUUGCCGGGCAGCGUGGGCAAGAGCAGGAUCCCGACGCUGAGUAAAUGCUUCUCCCCUAGUGUGUCCAGCCUAAGCCCGCCUUGGCCCGCCCACUUUGAUGACACCGCAAGCCCCUUCCCUACCUGCAAGGUGCCCCAACCAGGCGACACAUAUAGAAAUAUGAUGCGGUUAUUUUCCAUGUAGCAUUGACAGUACACUACUCGUAUUCUGGUGAGCGCAACAUUUUCCUGCUUUCAGUUUGCUCACGCCUCCAAAGCGUUUGUUGUACCCCCACCCGCGGGGACAGCCGCAACUGAUGGCACUAUUUAGCCAAGCCUAAGGUGCGUUUUUAAAUUGAGUUUUGCAUAAAGUAUGUAUUUUUCUGUCUUUGUCAAGGGAGAGUUAUCACUGCUGCUUCUGUGCUACGCACCCUUUUACAAGAUAUUUAUAGAUUUAGAAGUGUGAUUGUUAAUUUGUUCUCUACACCCCUUUUGGCAAUAUAUGCCAAUAAUGCUGCUAAAAUCAGAUGUCUGUGGGCACUUUUUAUACAUAACUAUUAAUCAAUGUGGUAUUGUUAACUUAUGGUUUAGUGGUGGUGGUUUGUUCAACUGUUGUUUUAAUAUACUUGUCUCAAUGUGGUUUGAUUCACAAAAUACACACGAAUAGAAAGUUCAUCUUUGUUCACAUAAACGACAAUUCACAUCUUUUUCUGAUUUUCUUUGCACCCCGAAUGUCAUGGUUCAUGCAUAAUUUAGAAUGACACCAUUUGUUUUCUGAUUGUUGUGGCAAAUUAAAUUUAUGUUUUAAUUCUGGUCUAAAUGAACGAUUACAGUGCUUUAAAAAGAACAUUGUAAUGGCAAGCAAUUGGUGACUUCAUAUUUUUAAUGGUGAAAUCUCAAAGUGAGUGUCACACAUCUUGAUGUAUAACCCUGCUGCAAUAAAAAUACCCUAAAUGUCAUCCUUUCA